AUGAAUCAUAAUAAACGACAACAAAAUUCUAAGAAAUUUCAUUAUGUUUAUCAAAAUUAUUAUAGUGGUUUUAUUCAACCAAAUAUUCAUAAAAUUCAAUCACUUUAUCUAUCAAAUUCAUUUAUGAUUGAUUUCUUUUCAUUAACAACACAAAAUAUUUGCAAAUUUUUACAACUUCAAACACUUCUUGGUAAUAUUCAAUCACAACAACUCGAAAAUCUUCUAAUCGGUUUAACUUAUUUCUCAAAAUGUUCUUCUUUAACUAUUCAUAUUAUUGAUGAUACAAAUUUAACUAAUAUUUUUAAUUUAAUAUUUCAAGUACCAUUAUUAAGAUGUUGA